AUGGGCGGGGAAGCCCCACGCGGAGCUCCCAGCAACUACCCAACCUUCGCCGACAAGCCAGUGGGCCAGAAGAUUAGUGGGAUAUACAGGGACCGUCUUCGCCAGUUCACUGCAACAGGGCAGUACCAGGGCCAGAAUCUGGUUGCCAAGUACUUCGAAGCUACAAAUGACGAUGAAAACCAUGUCAAGCUUUCCGUCUACUCCGUUCCCAAUCUAGAACGACCUGGCUUCGAAGAUGUCGUCUCCAAGGAGUUUAGGCCCACUAGGAGGGGAGAAUCCUUUGGACCAAGUUGGUCGACCCAUUGGUUCAAGAUCGGACUCACAGUGCCUGAAGAUAUGAGGAAAAAAGAGCGGCUCGAGUUCCAUUGGGAUGCUAACAACGAGGGUUUGGUUUGGUCUGAUGAUGGACGUCCGCUACAAGGCUUGACUGGCGGAGGCGAGAGAGUCGAAUGGAUCUUACCGGAUAGCUUUAGAGAUGGGAAGGAGCACCUAUUCUACAUUGAAAUGGCAUGCAAUGGCAUGUUUGGAAAUGCAGAUGCAGAUAUUAUCCAACCACCAAAUCCAAACAGGUAUUUCCAGCUCAACACUGCUCGCAUUACAGCGGUCAACCUUGAAGCUCGAGCUCUGUAUUAUGAUUUCUGGAUGAUUGGAGAUGCUGCGAGAGAGUUCCCCGGGGAUGCAUGGCAGUCCCACGAAGCUUUACGCAUCGGAAACGCCAUGAUGGAUGCUUUUAUUGACGGGAACGGGAGUCAAGAAUCCAUCAAAGAGGCACGCAAGCUUGCUGAGCAGUAUCUGGGCUCACUGGUUAAUACGGCAGACGUCUAUAAAACUGAAGGAAAACCCCUUGUGUUUGGGAUUGGCCACUGCCACAUAGACUCUUGUUGGCUCUGGCCAUUCGCAGAAACAAAACGCAAAGUAGCCAGAUCUUGGUCUACUCAGUGUGACUUGAUGGAACGAUACCCAGAAUUUCGAUUUUGUUGUUCCCAGGCCCAGCAGUUCAAAUGGCUAGAAGACGGCUACCCCUAUGCAUUUGACAGAGUCAAAUACUGGGUGAAGAAAGGUCGCUUCCAACCAAUUGGCGGCAGCUGGGUUGAGCAUGAUACGAACAUGCCCAGUGGCGAGUCCCUUGUGCGUCAGUUCUUGUACGGGCAACGAUACUUUGAAAGUCGUUUCGGCGAACGUUGCUCCGUAUUUUGGCUCCCAGAUACUUUUGGUUACUCCUCGCAGCUGCCGCAGCUAUGUAGGUUAGCAAAUAUGAGCCGUUUCUUUACCCAGAAGCUCAGCUGGAAUAACAUCAACAACUUCCCCCACACUACAUUCAAUUGGGUGUCGCCAGACGGCAGCCAGGUACUGUGCCAUAUGACCCCAGCAGAGACAUAUACCGCUAGCGCUCAUUUUGGAGACGUCAGGCGCAGUAUUACACAACACAAAUCCAUGGAUCAGGACAACACUUCUCUGCUUGUUUUUGGGAAGGGUGAUGGUGGUGGUGGUCCAACCUUCGAGCAUAUUGAAAAGCUGCGACGACUUCGUGGAAUGAGUGACAAAGUUGGCCUUCUACCUCGAGUGACCAUGGGUAGCUCUGUCAACGACUUUUUCGGCCAGCUUGAAGAGAAAGCGGCCAAUGGCACUGAUUUUGUUACCUGGUACGGAGAGCUAUAUUUCGAAUUGCAUCGUGGUACAUAUACGACCCAAGCGAAUAAUAAGCUCAAUAACCGCAAGUCGGAAUUUGUACUUCGUGAUUUGGAGCUAUUUGCCACUCUAGCUACUCUAAAGGACUCAAAAUAUAAGUACCCUAAGAAGCAGCUGGACGAAAUGUGGGAGGCUGUGCUUUUAUGCCAGUUCCACGAUUGCCUGCCGGGUAGUUCAAUUGAGAUCUGCUAUGAUGACUCGGACAAAAUCUACGCAGAGGUUUUUGAGACGGCGAAAAAGCUUAAAGGAGAGGCUUCAAAAGUUCUCGGGUUUGCUCCAGAGGGUGCCUCGAAGAAGAAGCUUGUAGCUGUCAAUACUUUGCCUUGGGAUCGAACUGAGAUAGUAAGGUUGGAUGAGCCGAGUUUAGCAUCUGGCACGCCGCAGUAUGCCCUCGCUAGUGGAGGGAUGGGAGUGGUUACUGCAGAGCCACUUAGCUCCUCCACGGCCACAUCACUGAGCGUAAAAGAGGUUAAAAAUGGGGUAUUCCAACUUGAAAAUGCAGCGCUGUCAUUGCAAGUUGCUGACGGUGUGAUAACAACUCUGUUCGAUCGGAAGGCGAAUCGGGAAAUCAUUCCUAAAGGGAAGAAAGCCAAUCAGCUUGUUAUCUUUGAUGACAAGCCUCUUUACUGGCAAGCCUGGGAUGUGGAAGUUUUCCAUCUUGAUUCCCGCAAGGAGUUGACCUCUGGUUCCACUAAGAUCGCAGAGCAGGGACCGCACCGGGUGAGCGUGGUGACAGAAACGAAAAUCAGCGAUGCGAGCUGGGUUAAGACCACGAUCAGUUUGACAGAAGCACAGGGUGACACUCCAGCAUUUGUCGAAAUGAACUCUGAAGUUGAAUGGCGAGAGACCAUGAAGUUCCUGAAAGUCGAAUUCCCAGUUGAUAUCGUCAACACGGAAGCGUCAUAUGAGACGCAGUACGCAAUCACUAAGAGACCAACUCAUUAUAAUACCAGCUGGGAUAUGGCGAAAUUCGAAGUCUGCUGCCACAAAUGGGCGGAUUUGUCAGAAAGCGACUAUGGCGUUUCCAUUCUGAAUGACUCCAAGUAUGGUUUCGCGACAUGUGGAAACUUGAUGCGUCUGUCCCUUCUUCGUGCCCCCAAAGCUCCUGACGGCAAUGCCGACAUGGGUCGUCAUCACAUUCGUUAUGCGAUCAUGCCUCACUCUGGUCCUCUCGAUUACCGCACUGUUCGUGCUGGAUACAACUUCAAUAACCCAUUGGUUGUCUAUCCAUGCUCCGGAACUGAAGCCAAUAAUCUUUUCAAAGCGAUCCAAUUAUCCGGUUCUCCAAGCCUUAUUCUUGAUGCAAUCAAGCGUGGCGAGGACGAUGAGGACGUAUCUCGUGGAGAGCUUGAGCGCCGACCAGGAAGGAGUAUUAUUAUUCGCAUUUACGACUCGACAGGCGGCAAGAGUCGCGGCACGAUUAGCGUGACGUUGCCUAUCAAGAAGGCGUACAAGUGCAAUAUCCUUGAGGAUGAUCUGGAUGAAUUAUGCAUCCAGAAGGGAAAAUGUGAAGCCAAUAUCCAUAUUGAGUUGCGGCCGUUCGAAGUCGCUACAUAUCGUCUGCAGCUCUGA